AUGGCCAAUCCGCCGCCACCGCCUCCGAUGCCGACCCCGGAUGCGUGGGCUGAGGUGCUCCCGCGCGAGCCGCGGCGGAUCUCGUCGUCCUCAGGAAUACGAAGGCCGCCGACGCUCGGCAUUCCACUCCGGCUGCCGACCUCGCUCUCACAUGACAUCUCAUCGCGAUCAAACCUCCAGGCGCUGGUGUCUGAGCUCCCGGUCGCCUGCCUUGGGCUGCUGCUUGCAGCUGGCUUUGCGGCGGCGGCGAUCAUUUUCACGGUCACGCCUGCAUCAGAGGAGUCGUACUCACUCCCGCUGCAGUAUGAAAUGUGGUUCUGGGCCAUCGAGCUGAGUGCGUGGGCACUUGUGCGGCUAGUGGUGGCGCUGGUGUACUACGCGAUCAAGCCUCGGGUCUACACCUCAUUUGUGUUCUACAUUCUCGAGCGGACGCCGCGCGACAUCACGUCGGUUUUAUGGGGCGUCAUGAGUCUCGCCAUUACGCCACAGUUUGUGGGGCCGGAUACUGAGGCGCGGCUGCGCAAGCGGCUAGUCCAGUUCCAGCUCGCGGUCACGCUCAUCUACCUCGCACACCUGAUCAAGAACGCGGGCGAGCGAAUGUACCUCGAGCGGAUUCACUACGACCUGUACGGAUCCGAACUGGAGAAGCAUGUGCGCCGCGAGGAGGCCAUUUGCGCGCUGCGGCGGUGCCGGAAGAGCGCCGUGCCGCACUGGGUGACGCCUGCGCAGCCGCGGCACACCCACGAUGUGCGCAAGACGAUGCGCGGCCUGCUGGGCGACGCGCUCGGCGAGGAGCACCACUUUUUCACGCCGGCGACCAAGCGCGAGGCUGCGGCUGUUCGCGCCGCCGACAUACUGGUCAACCUCGACCUCGAUGAGCGCGGCUACUUUGAGCUCCGCGACAUCGAGCGCGAACUCGGGCCCGGGCCACAGGCGCUGGCGGCCAUGGCCAUGUUUGUCCGCUCGCGGCGGCGGCAGCUCGACCGUGUCCAAGUCAGCUACGAGGAGGCCGUCGAUGUCAUCUUUGAGGUUUUUGAAGAGCGCGAGCGGCUGUAUCGGUCGCUUCACGCCCGCGGCGAGCUCUCUAACGUCCUCCAUCGGGUCUCAUCUGUCCUGUUCUGGUUUGUGGCGGGCAUGGCAGUCCUUGUGGCGCUCGGCGUCUCGUUCUUUGAGCUUGUCAUUCCGACCGGCACCUUUCUGCUCGGUAUGUCUUUCCUCUUUGCGUCGACGGCGACGCGAGUCUUCAACUCGAUUGUCUUUCUCCUUGUCCAGCGCCCGUUUGCGGUCUCGGAUCGAAUCAAGGUCAUCCAUCCGUCGGCCGAGUACCCGACGCUCAUUGUGCACGCGGUCCACCUGCUAACAACCGAGGCCUUUACCCCUGGCGGCGAGCUGUACCAGCUGCCCAACGCCAUGCUCUACGACGCGGUCAUCGUCUCGCACCGCCGCUCGCGCGAUCACGCCAUGCAUGUGGCGGUGACGGUCGCAGCCAAAACCGGAGCCCACGCGGUGGCCGCGAUCGAGGCGCGCCUCAAGGCGUUCUUCCUCGAAGACACCUCGAUCCCGUGGGAUGUCAGCUCAGCUAUGGUCUGGAUCUCGGACCUUGUCGACUGCCACAAGCUCUCGCUCUCGGUCUGGGUUGGCCUCAUUGACGUCAACGCCCACCAAGUCGGCAAGUGCCUGACGGCCAAGUCCAAGCUCUACGUUCAGCUUCGUACUAUCCUCGACGACCUCCACCUCGACUACGAGCAACUCCCGCUCCCGAUCACUGUCCGCACGCACUCGGACGACGACUUGAUCCCACCGGCCGCGCCUGGUACCGCCCGCACGAGCGCUGGCGCAAGUAACAUGUCUGUUGUUGGGAUCGACUUUGGUAAUGACACGUGCAAGAUUGGCGUUGUCAAGUCUGGCGGCGUGGAUGUGCUCAUGAACGACAUCUCCAAGCGCGAGACGCCGACUAUGGUUGGCUUUGGCUCGGGCGAGCGUCGGCUGGGCAACAACGCCAAGACCUCGCACGUCAUGAACCUCAAGAACACGGUGACUUCGAUCAAGUCGCUGCUUGGCGCCAAGUACUCGUCGGAGGCGAUCACCGCGCUCAAGGACUCGCACUUUGUGCACUACGAGCUCGUCGAGGGCGAGAAGGCCGACUCGGUCGGCAUCCGCGUGCCGAUGGGCGACGAGAAGCGGACGAUCUCACCCGAGUCUGCGGCGUCGAUGAUGCUCGGCCAUCUCAAGGAGAUUGCGGAGAACUCGCUGAUGGCCAAGGUGUCUGACGUGGUCGUCUCUGUCCCGUCGUUCUUCACCGACGCCGAGCGGCGUGCGAUGGUUGACGCGCUCCAGAUUGCGGACCUCAACUGCCUCAAGCUCUUCAACGCGACGACUGCGGUUGCGCUCGAGUACGGGUUCUACAAGCCCGAGAUCACCGACGAGACGCCGCGGACGGUCAUGUUUGCCGACAUGGGCGAGUCGUCGUUCGAGGUUGCGAUUGUCAAGUUCACCAAGGACAAGCUCGAGGUUGUGGGCCGCGCAGCGGACCGGACGCUUGGCUCGCGCAACUUUGACGAUGCGCUUUGCAAGCACUUUAUGAAGGAGUUCAAGACCAAGCCCGGAAUCGACGUUGCGUCGUCGGCCAAGGCGACGCUCCGGCUGCUUCAGCAGUGCGAGAAGCUCAAGCGUGUGUUCACCACCAACCCCGAGGGCCGGCUCUCGAUCGAGUGCCUGCUCGACGACCGCGACGUCUCGCUCACGUACACCCGUGAGGAGUUUGAGGCGCUUGUCUCGGACCUUGCCGGCCGCGUCUCGAGCGUUGUCACCGCGGCGCUUGAGCAGUCUGGCCUCUCGUCGGCCGACAUCCACUCGUGCGAGAUGGUGGGCGGCGGCUCGCGCGUCCGCAUUGUGCGCAACUGCGUGUCGGAGGUGCUCGGCGGCGCCGAGCUGUCGGACACGCUGAACAAGUCCGAGGCUGCCGCCCGCGGCUGCGCGCUCGCGUGCGCCAUGCUCUCGCCGAUCAUCCGCGUCCGCGACUACGCCAUUGUCGACUCGUCGAUGUACCCGGUCUCGAUGACUUGGAUCGCCGACGACGGCGAGGCCAAGGCCUCGGCCACCUUUGUGGCCAACAACCCGGUGCCCAACUCGAAGCUCCUCUCAUUCUACCGCUCGGGCCAGUUUGAGGUCGCUGCCGACUACGACGAGGCGCCGUACCCGGGUGCAGACACCCGGCUCGGCACCUACAUCGUUUCGGGCUUCCCGGAGGGCAUGUCUGCUGACGAGGUCCGCAAGAUCAAGCUCAAGGUCAAGCUUGACAAGUCGGGCCUCAUCCGCGUCCCGUGGGCGUACAUGGUUGAAGAGUACGAGGUCGAGGUCGACGAGGCCGCCGAGGCCGCCGCCGAGGGCGGCGACGAGGCCAAGCCGUCGGGCGACGAGGCCGCUGCUGAGGGCGAGGCCGAGGGCGAGGCCGCUGGCAAGAAGACCAAGAAGAAGACCAAGCGUAUCGACCUGACCGUCUCCGAGACCACCGCAGGGCUCACCGCGCCCGAGCUCAUGGUCGCCCGCGAGCUCGAGGUCGAGCUGGCCUUCAAGGACAAGCUUGUCCGCGAGACCGGUGAGGCGCGCAACGCCGUCGAGUCGUACGUCUACGACCUCCGCUCCAAGCUCCGUGACGGCGAGCCGCUCGCCGAGUACAUGCUCCCGGCCGACCGCGACGCCUUUGUCUCGCUCCUCAACGACACCGAGGACUGGCUCUACGACGACGGCGAGGACGCCGCCAAGAAGGUCUACGACGCCAAGCUUGCCGAGCUCAAGGCUAUCGGUGACAAGCCCGCCCACCGUCGCGAGCAGGAGGCCAAGCGCCCCGCUGCCAUCGCCUCGCUCCAGGCCUCCCUCGCCACUUACGGCGCCUUCCUCGCCUCGACUGACGACAAGUGGUCCCAUAUCGAGGACGCCGACCGCAAGAAGGUCCAGAAGAUCUACGACUCGACCACCCAGUGGCUCAACGAGAAGCUCGCCGCCCAGAACGGCCUUGCUAAGACCGACGACCCAGCCGUCACCGCCGGUGCCCUCACCGCCAAGGAGAAGGCCCUGCACAAGGUUGCCCGCUCCAUCGUCAACAAGCCCAAGCCCAAGCCCAAGGAGGAGCCCAAGCCCAAGGAGGAGGCCAAGCCCAAGGAGGAGCCGGCCGCCGAUGCCGGCGCCGCCGGUGCCGAGGUCCCGCCGCCUGGCGACCUCGACUAA